AUGGGGGAUACAGAACUGAAUAUAGACGAGAUGAUCACCCGACUGCUCGAAGUCAAAAAUAACCGCCCUGGCCGCCAAGUUCAAAUGUCAGAGCCAGAAGUUCGCGCUUUAUGCGAAAAAUCCCGCGAAAUCUUCCUGAGUCAGCCAAUUCUUUUGGAAUUAGAGGCGCCGCUGAAAAUCUGCGGUGAUAUCCACGGGCAGUAUACCGAUUUACUGCGGUUAUUUGAGUACGGCGGCUUCCCACCCGAGUCAAAUUACCUCUUUCUUGGUGACUACGUCGAUCGAGGCAAGCAGUCACUAGAAUCUAUCUGUCUUCUUCUUGCGUACAAGAUAAAAUAUCCAGAAAACUUCUUUCUUCUGAGAGGAAAUCACGAGUGCGCAAGCAUCAAUCGUAUUUACGGGUUUUACGACGAAUGCAAAAGACGAUUCUCGAUAAAAGUUUGGAAGACCUUCACAGAUUGUUUCAACUGUCUCCCCAUCGCCGCCAUCAUCGACGACAAGAUCUUUUGCUGCCACGGAGGUCUCUCGCCCGACCUUCAGAACAUGGAGCAAAUCAGGAGAAUCCACAGACCGACCGAUGUCCCAGACACUGGACUGCUCUGCGACUUGCUUUGGGCCGAUCCAGAAAAGGACGUUUCUGGCUGGGCGGAAAACGACCGAGGUGUAUCGUUCACCUUCGGCGCCGAUGUCGUCAACAAAUUCCUGAACAAGCACGAUUUAGAUUUAAUUUGCCGCGCCCAUCAAGUGGUCGAAGACGGCUACGAAUUCUUCGCAAAACGGCAGCUAGUGACCCUUUUCUCCGCUCCAAACUACUGCGGCGAAUUCGACAAUGCCGGCGGAAUGAUGAGCGUUGACGAAAUGCUGCUCUGCUCCUUCCAGAUCCUCAAGCCCAGCGAAAAGAAAGCCAAGUACUCGUACCACGGAAUGACGAACACGCGGCCGACCACUCCGCCCCGAGCGAAGAAAUAA